GGGGGAGUCAGCGAGUGAAACCAGGCUUUUUCUGGCGAUAUUAGCUAAACAGUAACUCUAGCCCCCGGGCGCAAACCGUAAUACAAACAAAAUAAGAUUUCUAAUGUUUCUAAAGAAGAAUAAUAAACUUAAAGGGGUUUUAGUCGUCAGCUGUUCCGUUUGUAAGUUUCUUUCUCCCCCCCCCGUUUUCAAACUCCGAGGCUCCAUCUUGCCUUUUGAUUGACCGCAACAUAUAGUUUUUUUUUUCUGGGUGCUGAAUUUUUCCCCCUGCUGGAAAGAAAUAAGGCAACAGUGGAAGGCUGGGAAAGAAAAAGGCACGGCGGAAAAUAAAAAAAAAAAAAAAAAAAAAGCGGUGGAAGAGAAAGUAUCAUAACAGGAGCUUCGCGGAAAAAAGUGGAGGGGACAGGUUGGAAAAAGAGCAAGAAGAAACUGAGCAAGUGGGGAAGGAGACUUGCCAUAUAAUUUUCUUUUUUGGAGUCCGUUCAUUUUAUUGACAGCGAGCUUCACGUUAAAAAGGGGGAGCCACCAUGACAUCAGAAAUGCAGGAAAUUGCCAUCACAGAGGACAAGCCUUUACUCACGGGUCAGGCUGAUGCUGCCAAGGAUGUUGCUGAACUGGCUGCAAGGAUACUCCUAGAUCAAGGACAGGAGCACAGCGUUGAGACCCCGCACGGCAUCCUACGCGUGACCCUCCACGGGACGCGGACCACCCGCCGGCCCGCCAUCCUGACCUGCCAUGACGUGGGUCUGGACAGUAAGAGCUGCUUCUCUCCUCUGUUUAAAUUCGACGAGAUGCAGGAGAUCGUCAAGAACUUCACCCUGAUUCACAUCGACGCUCCGGGCCAAGAGGAGGGGGCCUCUGCCUACCCUCCGGGCUACCAGUACCCCUCCAUGGAGACCGUCGCCGAGAUGAUCCCUGCUGUGCUGCAGUUUUUCAACUUCCGUACCGUCAUUGGAGUGGGGGUGGGAGCGGGAGCGUACAUCCUCUCCAAGUUCACACUCACUAACCCAGAUUCAGUAGAGGGCCUGGUUCUGGUUAACAUCGACACUAACGCUAAAGGAUGGAUGGACUGGGCCGCUCACAAGCUCAGUUCUGUGACUUCCUCCCUCACAGAGCAGAUCCUAUGUCACCUUUUCAGUCAGGAGGAACUUUCAGCAAACACAGACUUGGUGCAGUCUCACAGAGAGCGGAUCUCCAAAGCUCCUAAUCUGGCCAACAUUGAGCUCUUCUGGAAGACGUACAACAGCCGCAGAGAUCUGAACCUGGACCGCAACUAUACCUUCAAGUGUCCAGUGAUGUUAGUAGUUGGGGAUCAAGCUCCGUACGAAGAUGCCGCUGUAAGUUCAAGGUCUUGUAACUUUGAUAAUCCUGUAAAGAACGUUGAUUUUUUUUUCUCAUGUUAUUCUUCCUGUGUCCACCAGGUGGAGUGCAACAGCAAGCUGGACCCCACAUCAACUUCCUUCCUGAAGAUGGCCGACGCAGGCGGCCUCCCUCAGCUCACUCAGCCUGCUAAACUCACCGAGGCUUUCAAAUAUUUCAUCCAAGGAAUGGGUUAUAUGGCUUCCUCUUGCAUGACCCGCCUGUCCCGCUCCCGCACCACCUCGCUCUCCUCCUCCUACUCCAUGGACGGGUCCCGCUCUCGCUCGCGCACCCUGUCCCAGGGCUCGCAGGGGGGCCAGAUGCCGCCCAGCCCCUCCCAAACCAUGGAGGUCUCCUGCUGAAGAAGACUCCGCCCCCCUUCCACCACCUCACGACGGCAAGAGCGGAGAGCGACAAAGGAAAGAAGGGAAAGAGGCGACGCGUGAGCGCAAAGAAAACGAGACGAACGAACGGCUUCCUCGAUCGGUCAAAACACGACUCCCACCAUCCCCUCCCCCCAAAAGCAGACAGAGAGAGAGAAAGAGAGAGAGAGAGAGGGCCUGUCCUCCAUGUUGGUCCAGCACAGAUGCAGUCUUUCAGCUAGAAUAGAUUAAAAGGAACCAGGAAGGAGCUGCAGAACAGGAAGCAGUUCUCUCUCCCUCUGUCAGCCUGUAGACCCCUUUAACCUAGAUCCAGAGUGUGGCAUGUAGAAGCUGCACUCAUCACUUUAACCCGUAGAAACACGUCAGGAAGCAGAACUGAUGAUGAUGAUGAUGAUGAUGCUGAAGCUAAUGAUGAUGUAAUAGGAAAAAAACUGCAACACUUUUCUCUUUAUUACAUGAUUUUAAUAUAAUAUAGAAUAAAAAAAAACAUACUAUAGCAGAGAUACUUACUACAAUGUGUGUGUCCACAACUUUUACUGCUAGUUUCUAAUGUGUUUUUUUUUUUUUUUUCUGAUUUGUAACCCGUCUCAACUAAUGGCUGAAGCAGUCAGCAAGAGCCAUUCUAGCGACUACAUGUGCGUCUCAAAAGAAAAAAAAAAAGGUUAACAUAAUUAAAAACUUGAUUUAUUUCGGUUUUGUUCAAAAACUGAAACUCGCGUAUUAUAUGUAUUCAGUUUCAGUGAUGUAUUUCAAGCCCUUAAUUCUGUUGGUGUUGAUGUUUGUGGCUUACAGUUGAUGAAAACACAAAAUUCUAUUUCUUAGAAAAUAAAAGCUUUACACAAGACCAAUGAAAUAAAGAUUUUUUUUAAAUAUAGAUGAAUAUUAGCUCAGUGUUCUGUAUGUACUGUUAUACAAAAUGAGCUUUUCUUUAAAAUCCUCUCACUGCUUCACACAUUUCUUUCUUUCCACACAACGUUCCAUCAAUUUGCAUAGACACUACACUUUAUUAUUAUUAUUUUUUUAAGAAUUACCUCUUUAUGGAUAUCUCUGCGAAAACCUGGGCAGCUAUCUUGUCAGCAACUGUCCACAUGAUUGGGUCUUUUUUCAUCAUAUGGGUAAAAUCCAACAAUUCUGUAUUCAAAAUUGAUUUUUAUUGAUCUUGUGUUCAAGUUUUCUGAGGAACAUAAUUUUGGGGUUUUCAUUGGCUGUAGGCCUUAAUCAACAGAAAUAAAGAUUUGAAAUAUAUUACUAUGUAUGUAAUGGAGUCUGUAUGUUUAGUUUCAGUUUUUGAAUUGAAUAACAGAAAUAAAUUAACUUUUUAAUGGUUUAAAGAUUUUUUUUUUUGUUGAGAUAAACAUGUUUUUCCCUCCUUGGUGUUGCCAGGUUUUUUGUUUUUUUUUUGUCUUCCACUCGUCCCGUCCUCAACGUUUUACUUUUAUCUUUUUUUUUAUUUUUUUAUUGGGUGUAAAGAGGUUGAAAGUUGUAAUUUUUUUUUUCUUAUUUAUUCUCCCGAAUCUGCAUGCCUGGUCUCACCCCACGUGAAUACUGACUGGAUAUUUUUCUUUCAUAUUCUGCUAAUAACGUGUGUUUGUUUGUUUGUGUCGUUUUGAGUUUUGGAGCGACAGUCUGAAGGACCGGGCGGGUUGUUGUCUGCUUCAGCGAAAGCUUUGCUGUCGUGAACUCGAGUCGCACAUUUCUAAACUAGUGCUUCCAACCUUUCUGGCCGCGCGUCGAACCACCCGUGACGUCUGCCGAGGCCAGAAGGGACCACUGUGUUCACCGUGUGGGUUGUGGAUCUUGUUUCUCUCUCUCGCGCUCUUUUUUUUCCUUUCUUACCCUCCGUUCCAGUUUUAUUCGGGAACUGGAGAAUUACGAAUUCCCAGUAGGAAAACUCAACCGGGCCGCCCUCCGUAAACCCCACGGGGAAACUGGAAGCAAGUCCGUCACGACUUGUAAGGUGGACUCAAUAUGGCGGCUCCUCCAAUCAACAAUGGAAACGUUCAUUUUUAGGAAACGCACAGGUAAGACUGCGCCACCGCUUAGAGGUGCGUGUGCGACUCUAAACUGAGUGGUGAACAAAUUAAAAGUGGCGUUUGAUUGUAGAGCGUAAAACUUAAAUUGAUGUUUGUAGCUAAUGCAAACCAUGUUUACGGGCGUCGCCAUCUUGAAAUUCCAACUUCCUAACUCGAACGCCGUUAGCUCGGGUCUGACGUCAAAACCCAACACCAGUUUCAACUUCGCAGGUAACCUGAACGCAGCAUUACAUUGCCUGUACGUGGAUACCUCGACACGGCUUACUUGAGGCGGGAUAAAAAUCCCACUCCUCAGUAAUAGAAGCAGCUUUUAUUGAAGUCGGGCAGUUGCUUGUGUGUUUGCUUGUCGCGCGGAAGCAGAUGGGAAGUGUUAGCUUCCGGUUUGCAGAUUUAACUUAGCUUAGUAGGAGGACGAAAAUGGAAAACAGGAGGAUGCUUUUUUUCUUUUUUUUUUUUUUUUAAAUGAAAAAAAAAAAACCCUCAGUGAAACAGCCCCCCACUGCCAAAACAAGCGAAAUAAAAACCGCCUGAACCUUGAAUUGUCCUGUUACAGCCAGGAAGUGACAGCGAACUGCCAAAUUUCAGCGCCUCGUUUAUCUGGUGACUCGGAUCUCCCUCUAAACGUUAAUAUUUCAACACAAAGCUGUUCACUGCCCCGUGACAUGUUGCCAACAGCCUGACUAUAUUUCUAAAAAAAAAAAAAAAAAAAAACCUAUAUGUGGAUGCAGCCAUGAACGUUUUCACAUUUUUAAACCGUAAGAUUUCAAUGAGUCGGGUGGAGACGGCCUGUUUCGUGUUUGUGUGAUCCGGUUCUACUUAUCCAAAAGCUUUUUUAAAAAGGAGGCCGAGCCGUGAUCGGGGGAAGUCCAUGGAAAGCUUUAAGAUGGAGGUUAUAAUGGCAGGAAAAAAUGUAACAUGGAUUCAGGGUGGUGUUGGUUUUGAGGCAGGUUCCGAUUUCAGUCAGACACGGAGGAAAAAGUCCAGCGGUACUUCUGUCUUUCUAAAGAGUUGAGCAGGGAUGUGUGAUUGUAAAUGCUUGUCCAUGUUGUCUUCUGUCUGACUCUUAAUUUUUAUUUCAACCUGUUUUUUUCCUCUUCUACAUCUCUUUUCUUUAUAUCUGUGUGAAGUGUUAGUUUGUUGUCCCAACGUGCUCACAAGUUAGUUAACCGUGUGCUAGUUCUUGUGUAACUUUUUUAGCAUUAGCGCUUAUAAGGGAGAGUAAUAUAAUUAACAAUUAAAAGAUCGAAAGUAAAAAACAAAACAUAAACUGACAUUUACUUGUGUGACUCAUUUCCCUGUGUAAUACGAUGAACAUCCUUAAAAAGCAAACUUAAAUAUCAAUAAAAGCUUAAAGAGGAA